AUGUUUCGUGUCACGCUAAUUAUUGGAAUCUUUUGCUCUAUUUCCUAUACUUUUGCCAAUCAAUCGGAAACAAUCGUUGAUCUCUACAAUAAAAUUGCUCAAUCUGGUUCACUCAUAAAAGCUACAUCGUUUGACAUCAAUACACAAUCAAAAUUGAAGAAUAUCAACACUGUGCGAACAGUUUCCUACCAAUUGACAAAUAAUCAACGGUGGUUGGGUAUUCGAAUAAAAAAGAAUCCGAAUGAACAAAUUGCCUUGAUUGAAUUACGAUGCAAUGUGUCCAAUAUCCACGUUCGAUUGGGAAAAUAUGGUUACCAUCGAAAAUAUCGCUUACCAUUGCUAUCCAAUAGUACUCAAUCCUACGAUCUUACUCGAUUUUUACACAAUUAUCAUCAACGUAUGAUCUAUCUCACAUUUCCCAAUGAGAUGAUAGAAAAUCAAACAUUGUCCGUGUUCUAUUAUACAAAAUCGAAUAAAAAUCUAUUCUCAUUUUCGUCUACUCAACAUCUAAAACGACGUUAUCGACGAACAAUCUUACCAACGAAUCCAGCAAUGACCUGUGCAAAACAUGAGUAUGAAAUUGAUUUCAAUCAGUUCUCAUUCGGUAAAUGGAUUGUUCAACCAAAACGUUUCAAUGCCUACACAUGUGCUGGCUCAUGUCCAAAUCCAUUAUCACCUCAAUACUACCCAUCAAACCAUGCUAUAUUACUUAGCUUAAUGCGUUCGCAAAGACAAUACGGACAACAGCCAUCCUGUGUACCUGUUCGAUUGAAGCCGCUGUGUUUACUCUACUAUGAUCGUGAUGAACUGAUUAUUAAAUAUCAUCGAGAUAUGAUUGUACAAGAGUGUGGAUGUCGAUAA